CACUCCUGGACUCCCUAGCUAGCUGAACACCUAGACCUGACGCCGUGGCUGUAGCCUAGUGUAGGUGCAGACUUCAGCAGCAGCAGCAACGCAGGCAAUGACAACGCGUAGAUCUACGGUGCGCUGCUACUGAUACGAGCAGUUUGCCUUGUGACUUGCAUCGCGUACAUCGACGUGGGUAGUGCACCAAAACGGUCACACGCUUGAGAAGCAGUCGUCAUUUGCAGCAAGUCCACGUUGACGGAAGGUCUGCUCGUAUCUUGAUUCGAAGAUUAGCUCGAUCUCCAUUCCCGGCUCAGCAGAAACAGAUCUCAGCCUUCUAUAAUACCAAUAACUAUGCCGACCCCAACAGUUACGCCCAACCCAGGCUUCAGUGCCGAGGAAGAGUCCCAGGCACUGCGCAAGGCCAUGAAGGGACUUGGCACCAAUGAGAAGGCUAUCAUUGAGUCUGUGGCUCGCAUGUCCAACUCUCAACGCCAGGAGACCAUCAAGACAUUCAAGACCAUGUUUGGACGGGAUUUGAUCGAUGAUCUCAAGUCUGAGCUUGGAGGUGACUUUGAGGACACCGUGCUUGCUCUGUUCAUGAAGCCAGCCGACUUUGAUGCAAAGUGUCUGCACAAGGCUAUCUCGGGCUUGGGUACUAAGGACAAGGUUCUGAUUGAGAUCAUGUGCAGCCGAACCAAUGAGCAAAUCGCUGAGAUCAAGGCAGCAUACAAGAAGAAGUUCAAGAAUGAGCUGGAGAAGGACAUCAAGGGUGACACCAGCGGUGAUUACGAACGUCUCCUUGUCUCAUUGUGCCAGGGUGGCCGAGAGGAGAAGCCGGUUGACCCUGCCCUGGCUGCUGCAGAGGCCCAGAAGUUGUAUGAGGCUGGUGAGAAAUCGUUCGGCACUGACGAGUCGGUCUUCAACUACAUCAUCUGCCUGCGCAGCUACGACCAGCUUCGUGCCACGUUCCACGAGUAUGUCAAGCUGUCUGGACACACCAUUAUCAAGGCAAUCAAGAACGAGUUUUCUGGCAAUGUUGAGGAUGGUCUGUGCACCGUGGCUAAGGUAGCUAUAAACCCAGCGGAGUUCUUUGCCGAGAUGGCGUACACCUCCAUGAAAGGCGCCGGCACUGACGAGGACAGGCUCAUCCGUGUCAUUGUCUCGCGCUCAGAGAUCGACUUGGAAGACAUCAAGACCGAGUUCCAGAAGGCGUACGGCAAGUCGCUGGCUUCGUGGGUCAAGGACGACUGUGGCGGUGACUUCAAACGCAUGCUGCUGGCCAUUGUUCGCUAAAACGGACACAUAGUAUAUUUCACUAGCCCGAAAUUUGACCAAGACAUGAAACGAUUUACUUUUGGUACGAGUAGAUCAUUCUUAAUCCAUGAAAAACUUACACCGUAUUCACGGCUGAUCACACGAGCAGACUGACAUCUAUUUUACGCAGCUUUCAAGAUCUUGAAGUUACCUUUUUAUCAUUUUUCCAAAAAUAUUCCUCCUAUCUACAGUGAUGUGCAGAGGUAGUAGUAGUAGACACACUAUUUUCAGCGUCACGCAUAUACUUCUUAGUACAAGAUAUUUUCAGCACACUUCAA